GUUCCCCGCGUUGAGUAAACGUGGCAGCGCCUAAUUGCAUUAUUUUCUUCCGCUGGCCUUAAAUCCCAUUUCGUGAGCUCACGCGGGGAUGACGUCUAUGAUUUUAUUACUUAUAAAUCUGAGCUACUUCUAGCUACUCCGUACUCAGACUUUUUUUUUGCCACCUCUGUCAUACAAUACAAUCUUAAAACAUGACCUACAUAUCUCCCAGCUCCAUUAAGUCGUUUACACUUGACAUUUUGGAUGAAGAUUUUGCCAAGUUUACACAACUCCUGGAGCUGUCCCGUAUCGGUCCUCUUGUCUAUGAAACCUCGGAACAAAACGGGCUCAAGUUUGGAAUUACGCACGAGUGGAUCACCAAGACAAAAGACUAUUGGCUUCAUGAGUAUGACUGGCGCGCUCAAGAGAAGCACAUCAACUCAUUUCCCAAUUACACUGUCGAAAUAGAGGGCCUUACUGUUCAUUUUGUAGCCUUGUUUUCUGAGAAGGAAGAUGCCGUGCCCAUCACUUUGCUUCACGGCUGGCCAGGUAGCUUCAUUGAAUUUCUCCCCAUGGCAAGUCUGUUGCGGGAGAAAUAUUUGCCAAAGGACUUGCCAUAUCAUAUCAUCAUCCCAUCAAUUCCAGGAUAUACACUCAGCAGUGGAGGCCCUCUUGAUAAGGAAUGGUGCGUGUCAGAUUCAGCUCGAGUCUUGCACAUAUUGAUGCUAGAGCUGGGUUUCAAGAGGUACAUUGCGCAUGGUGGAGACGUGGGUAGUUUUCUUGCGACAACCAUGGCAGUCAGCUAUGAGCAAUGUGUCGCUUUGCAUUUAAAUUCCCCCUCCUCCUUGAUCAUCCCCGAGGAAGGUUCCAACGGGAAAGAGUUGUCAAACUUUGAGAAGAAAAUCAUUGAGAGGGCCAAAUCUUGGGCAGAAGAGGGCAAGGGUUACGCCAUCGAACACAAUACUCGUCCAGCGACGAUCGGACUUGCCAUCAAUUCCAAUCCACUCUCCCUUUUGUCAUGGAUCGGAGAGAAAUUUAUAGAGUGGUCGGAUCAGACUCCUUCUAUCGACGAAAUUCUAACCAACGUUUCACUCUACUGGUUCACGAAUAGUUUCCCACGCUCUAUUUAUCCCUAUCGGACAAUUUUUAGCAAAUCUGACGAAGCUGUGCCGGGCUUUCCGUACGUCAUCAAGCCAUUGGGAUUCUCCUGGUUCACGUCUGAAAUAAUGCCUGGCUUUCAAAGUGCGAUUUUAAAGCAAGGGAAUUUGGUAUUUCAUCGAACACAUGAUAAGGGUGGCCAUUUUGCAGCUAUAGAGAGACCCAUGGACAUGCUGCAGGACAUUGAAGAUUUUGCACACCUUGUGUGGCAGGUAUAAUUGUAAUUUUCAACUCAGCAUAGUGAUCAUGGUCACAGGUCAGUGGUUGAUGGAAUGUAGCAAUAGAAAUUGAUGUGGUGGUACGUUUCUGUUGGGGUGUUGACGGGUCAAUGUCUAAGGCCAACUUCAGUAUUAUCAAAUUGUCUUCGUCAAUGAAGUGACUUGCAAGAAGCAAUGAUCUUUAGAAGAUGGGGGAAUAACAAAUUAGCCAUGAUGAGCCUCUAAUUCGACGUCUUACUAUCUAUUCAAUGGAAUGAAUCAUCCAUCACUGCUUGGAGAUCAAGUCCAGCCCUACGGCAUUACCAUCGUUUUUGAAUGUAAUAGAAAAAACUGUAGACCAAUAUGGGAUAAGGAACGUCUGUUUUAGUCA